AUCCUAGCUGGUGACUUGGAUUCCUGCUCUGUUACUGUCCAUCACUAGCUUAUAGCAGGAGGAGACAACCAAGAGGAUAGGACCUCUCACUCCUCCUACCACUUCCAGGGCUGAAAGCCUAUUCUGCACAGGACUGACCCCUAAUAAUAUCACCCUUGUCAUUCCAUAGAGAGGACACUGGCUGUUUAUAAGCUGCCCCCCUUCCUCACAACCACCAGCUCCUCACUCAUUAAGGUGAGACAAGGACAGCAGCCUGAGACCACUAAUGUCCCUUCUUCCAAAUCUACUUUGCAGAAUCAAUGAAGAAAGCAACACAAUGGAUUUCAGAGGCAGGAUGGAGAAUAUGCUGAGGAAUCCCUGAUCAAUUUUUUUGAAAUCCCUAUUUAAAUAUUAAUUAUCAAAGGCAGUGGCCCAAAGAAAUGCAAUGGCUAUUUUAAGAUUCCACUAUAUCUGGUGCACGUUGUGAAAUGCAGUCAUCUGUCUCUUUAAAUUUCUGCUUCCCACAAGAUUCCAUUUUUUUUUUUUUUGCACCUAUUCUGUUGAUGUUGCAUAUUCUUUUUUUUUUUACUCUGUUCAUUCUGGUUUGUUGAAUAUGCUUCUUAAUAGGGUUACCGGUGCCUCUGACACCUGCUCUCCAAGCAUUUCCAGCUCCAGUCGGAUACUCCUUGGAUAGUCCAGUUGGAUAGACCUUGGAUGCACCUUCUUGAGGAAGUCCAGCGUGUAGACCUCAGAUGCUCCUAGGAAUUAAGUGACCUCCCAACAGAACAUGGGAUGAUUUGCUAAUGGGACAGUGAUCUGGUCCAUCCACGGCAGGACUGUGACCUUCCUGCAUGGUAACUGUCUGGUCAGAGGCAGGGGUGGGGGGCAGCUGAACUUAAGGAGCCCCCUGACCACCUCAGCUUUCCAUAUACCAGAAGAAAGGAUUUUCGUGAACAGAGAGAGGAACAUGGAUUGGUUAUGAUGAUGAUGUUUGAUACUCAGAGCUCCGCGCAGGAGAUCGGAGAAGAGGUCGAUGACGGCGUUAUCUACAGCAUUUCCCUUCGCAAAGUGCAGCUUCACCACACGGCCAACAAGGGGCAGCGAUGGCUGGGGGUAAGCAGGGUUCCGUCUCCCAUGGGCACUGCGGAAGGCGGGCUUGCCGGACCCCGUGAUACCACGUUUGAGAAUGAAUCGGCAUUGAGCCUUUAUGAGACAUGCAAGGUACGAACCAUCAAGGCUGGGACUCUGGAGAAGCUGGUGGAAUACCUGGUCUCCGCAUUCAAAGGCAAUGACUCUACUUACGUCACCAUCUUCCUAUGCACUUAUCGGGCCUUCGCUACCACUAAGCAAGUGCUAGACCUGUUACUGAACAAGUUUUGGCGUCUCCACCCUCAGCUUAAUGGCGAACACUCCCAUAACACGGUUGACGAUCGUCUAGAACUGAAGAACACCAUCUCGUCCAUCUUGGGAGCGUGGCUGGAUCAGUAUUCAGAGGAUUUCCGCCAAGCACCGGAUUACGUGUGUUUGAAGCAACUUAUCGCAUAUGUUCGGCACAACAUCCCAGGCUCAGACCUGGAACGCAGAGCUCGCAAUCUAUUGACCCAGUUCCAGCGGCAGCAAAUUAGCGAGUUGGAUCAAGAUGUCGUGGAUCACACAAGCUGCACGUUGCGACUUCUGGAUGAAAGCUCUCUCCUGGAGGGGAAGCCGGACUUCCUGUCAUUUCGGCAGGAUAUGGUGGCAGAACAGUUUACAGUCAUGGACGCUGAUCUCUUUAAGAAAGUGGUGCCGUAUCACUGCCUGGGAUGUAUCUGGUCCCAAAGGGAUAAGAAGGGCAAAGAACACCUGGCACCGACGAUACGAGCCACCGUCUCCCAGUUCAACAGCGUCACCAACUGCGUCAUAUCCACGUGCCUAAGCGACCGGUCACUGAAGCCCCAGCAGAGGGCGAAGGUGGUGGAGCGCUGGAUAGACGUGGCCAGGGAAUGUCGCAUUCUCAAGAACUUCUCGUCCCUCCGUGCCAUUCUGUCAGCUCUUCAGUGCAACGUCAUCCACAGGCUGAAGAAAACAUGGGAUGAGGUAUCCAGGGAGAGCUUUCGGAUAUUCAUGGAACUGUCUGAAAUCUUUUCAGAUGAGAACAACCACUCGUUAAGCCGCGAGCUGUUAAUUAAGGAGGGCACUUCCAAAUUUGCUACCCUUGAUAUUAACCCUAAGAGGGCCCAGAAGCGACAACAACAGCAGAGAGAGAUGGGAGUGAUGCAGGGAACUAUUCCUUACCUGGGCACUUUUCUCACUGACCUGGUGAUGCUGGACACCGCAAUGAAGGAUUAUUUAGAUGGAGGACUCAUCAACUUUGAGAAGAGAAGGAAGGAGUUUGAAGUUAUCGCCCAAAUCAAGCUGCUUCAGUCUGCCUGCAACAACUACAGUUUUAUACCAGAAGAUUCAUUUGUUGAAUGGUUCCACAGCGUGGAGCGGCUAAGCGAGGCGGAGAGCUACAGCCUGUCCUGUGAGAUCGAACCUUUGUCUGAAUCUGCAAGCAACACUUUGAAAGCCAAGAAAAAUACAGGAAUCAUCAAGAGAUGGAGCGAUCGUCAACCUCCAAGCUCGGAGCCCUGCCCCAGCGUUAGUUCCCACUCUAAGUCCUUCGACCAGCUAAAGUGCAGCCCCCACCUCUGCGGAGGCGACACGGCCGACUCAGUCAGCGUCACGUCAGCCGGUUCCAGCAGUUCCGAUGUGGAGGAGAUCAACAUCAGCUUCGUGCCUGAGUCACCGGACUGCCUGGAGAAGAAGGUACGGGAGGAUCAUCCCCAAGCCACGCCGACACAGGCCGCAGAACGCUGUGCUCCUGAGGGGUUUUGGGAAUCAACAUCUCUCUCCUCUCUGGACACGUCUGGCAUCGGGUCAGGUUCGAGCAGCGCCUCUUCCUCCUCCGUAUCGUCCACUCCUGUCUCGGCUUCGCGGACGCACAAACGCUCAGUCUCUGGGAUCUCCUGUUACUCUUCCUUGUCUCUUCCCCUCUACAACCAGCAAAUAGACGACUGCUGCAUCAUCCGGGUCAGCCUAGAUGUGGACAACGGAAACAUGUAUAAGAGUAUUCUGGUAACGAGUCAGGACAAAACGCCCAUCGUUAUCCGCAAAGCAAUGGCCAAACACAACCUGGACGGAGAGCGGGCUGAAGACUACGAGCUCGUCCAGAUCAUAUCCGAGGAGAGAGAACUAAAGAUCCCGGAUAAUGCCAACGUUUUCUAUGCCAUGAACUCGGGAGCCAAUUAUGACUUUGUACUGAAAAGGCGUGGCUUUUCCAAAGGAGUGAAAAUAAAGCAUGGAUCUAGCUCUACGUUACCGCGCAUGAAGCAGAAGGGACUGAAGAUAGCGAAAGGCAUCUUCUAACACCCUGGCCUAGCUCACAGUAUCCCAGCCAGGACAGUGGAGGGGACUCAAAGGAUAACAUGUCUCCUCAUGUCACAGGAGAUGGGAAAUGUUUACCGUGGUGCAUGGGCCUCACAUCUCCCUUCCAUGCUCUGCAACCUUCACUUUUCUGGUUCUCCAAAACUGUGAGGAAGGUGAGAGAGACUGGCCAACGUGAGACAAGUUCAGAUGUCGCCCCAACCUGUUCCCAAACGCCAUCAGGACCCAGAAUCCGCCUCCACACCUUAGGUGCCUUCAAGAGAAGGGGUUUGAAUAGAGGGGUCUCUAUAAGAAGACUGUGAAGAACAAUGGCGACCAGUUUGUGCCAUGCCAAGAGAUCCAGUAUUAAAUAGGAUGUGGACAAAAUGGAGUUGCCCAGUUGGGUUGUGUGUUGACGCAUUCAGAACUGAAUAAUCUGCGUCUCUGAUGAGAACCAGUGCAGAUUUGUAAGGCUGUGAAAGGCAUACACGCCCGCCACUAGCUAUCUUUCCCCUUAAAGGGAUGUUAAUGUAAAUACUCAGACUCCCAGUGGAUACCAUUAUUCAGUGGGUUUUCUACAAAAGAAAAAAAAAGCACUUUGUGAAAAAAACAAACAAAAACAUUUUUACCCGUAAACCAGGUUCCCGUAAUGGGACCUCUUCACCAUGUUAACUAAGCCAGGCUUUGUUUGCUAGAUUAAAAAACAAGAAAUUGGUGUUAGCAGUGGGAUAUUACACAGUGAUCUAGUUUCCUGCCCCCCCUACACCAAUCCAGCAUUUCAAACCACACCAAAGAUCCAACAGCAGAAAGAUCUACACAGGAAAACCAUAUGCCGCUCAGUUAUUCUAUCUCAGAGCCACAAAAUUAGACCAGUGAGGACAGACUAAAUUGGUCAAGCAGUUGUACCCGCCCCCUGCUGGCUUUUACAGGGUCAAAUAAAUUGCAUUGUAAAUCUGCAAUCAUUUUCUUCUGUAAAUAUUCACCAACAUAUUCAGUCCUUCCUGAUAAAACAUAUAUAUAUAUAUAUAUAUAUAUAUAUAUAUAUAUAUAUAUAUAUAUAUAUAAUAUAAUAUAAUAAACAUUUGGGGCCAAAGUAACAUUUAAACCCUUUUCCCUUUUUUUUUUUUUUCUUUUUUGUUGUCCUACAUGGCAGCGGCUGUGAAGUUGGUCAGACCUGUGGAAGGGUUUUUUUUUAUUAUUAUUAUUAUUAUUAUUUUUUUGGUUUUGUAAAACUGAUUUUUUUUUCAUACAAAUAUUUAUUGGUUGUAAAUAGAUGCUAGAACUAUAUUACAUUUAUUACACUGUCAUUAUUGACAUAUUUGUUUAAUGCUUUGAUGCCUUUUUAGUUGAUGUAAAUAUUGUGUAAAGACAGAGACCACCGCCUCCUUUCGCUUCCUCAUUAACCUUUAACCUCUUAUUGACACUUUAAUCUAUUUGUUGACAGAGUGCGGCAAAAUAACUGAAAUACAUUUCAAGCAGUUAAUAAAAUUGAAGGCGGUUUUUUUUUUUUUUUUUUGGAUUGGGGGGGUGGGGUAGUGGAGAGUUUUGAUGGGUUUUGCAAACCAGGUUAUGGCUGGUGCUGAUUGUGUCAUUUCAGCAGUGAUGUUGUUAGGCUUGUUCUUAAAAAAAAAAAAAAAAUGGUCGUCAAAAAGAUAAAUUGUUUACAAAAGAUGCUUAUGGCUUUCAUUUGCAUACACACACACAGAAAAAGAUCUUUAUUGCUGUACAAUGCAAGUGCUUUGUGUUUGCUAGCAAAUGAGCCCUCUGAUUACAAAUCUUCCUGUCAGACUGGUUCCUGUGUAUACAUUCCGCCAUGACCUAAGUGCUAUUUGUAUUUGCGCGUCCGGGUCAUAUUUCCACAUUUAAGUGCAGUAUUCAGGGUUUUCUGGAACAAAAAGCCUCAUACGUGAGGUAACUGGCACCCAAAGUCCGUUUGCUCAUGGUUUAGCACUGGAGAGUCCUAUAUGAAGUUUUGUGGUGAGAAUUUCAAGUAACUGCUUGUUUUCUUGUACAGUAACUGCCUCUUUAACAAAAACCGUUGCCAAGACAAGGAGAGGAGCUCAUAUAUACAGUAUGAGAUGCUAUUAGACUCCAUUACCUUACUGAACCUUAAAGCCAUCAGUGGAGUUCUAUGGCUUCUGUGUGCUUGCUGAUGCUGGAGUUAUGAACCCCUUGUCCCGGUAGCAGCGUUGAGUGAUGAAAUGGCCGUAGACAACCAUUGUACUGAAGACUAUGCUGUUUUGUUUUACGGAGUUUUGCAGUCCUAAAUAAAUAGCCUGUCUUUGCAAAGUUGUUGGGUUUUAUAAACCUCCCUAUUCUGCAUCCUAGGAAGCAGAGAGAUGAAGCGAAACUUUUUUUAUAUAUAGACCGUAUGUCUAUAGUCUAAAUAUAUGAUAGUGUGAUUGAUGCCAAUAUCUCGUCAGUCCUAACUAACCCUGCUUGGAAACUAUUACAUCAAUUCGUCAUCACCGUAGACACUAAUGUUCCAAACAGUCUGUCAUUUUAUUAGGAACUGCAGACAUCAUUGAUAGUGCUUAGUAGAUUGACAGCCCUAGAGUCGGUCUUGUGACCUGCCUUUGCCUAGUACAUGCUAUUCCACCAUUUUGAAGUUACCUAACUAGCUUGCUGAUACGGAAAUGACAACAAAAUUGAUCCUCAGGUGCAUUUUUGGUUAAUAUCCCUCUUCUCCCCGGAAUGCACCACAUUUAACUUAUUCCUCUGAAAAUGUUUGCCUCCCCCCCCCCCCACACACACACACACUCACACACACACUCAAAAUGACCUUGUCUAUAAUAAAUUGUGCAUUUUAAAACUGCAACUCCCAGAAUGCAAUGCUCUCUGUAACUUCCUGCGCCUUAAUGCUUAAUCUUUUGGAAUCUCCGACAGACUUCUCAGUGAUAUGGGCUGAGGUAAAUCCCUUUCUGUAUGUGAACAGGAAUGAGGGUGCGCUAUAUCGUUUACACAGAAUGAAAUACAAAAUACUUUCUGCCAUAAUAUGGAGAUUAUCUCCUUUCUCACAAGUGCCAAUAAGUUCAGCAGAGGGGUUAGUAGUACAACCCUAGGACUUGUCCUAGCCUGUGCAUUCUGGGAUUUGUAGUUUAUGAUUUUACUGUGUAAACUUCCAUCAAGGUGAUUUUUUUUUCUUUUCUUUUUACUGGUUUGCCAGGUGCAAUGAUUUCAGCUAUGUGCCCUAUUGCAGAAAUUUUACAAUUUUAAGAAACUGCUUAUAGGAGUUUGCAGUGUAAGCAUUCAAUCUGGGCUUGCUUACUUACUCUCCCUAGUGGUACAAGUCGGUAAUGCAUGACAAAAGUAAUCAAAUGCUCCUACAGCCAGUAACAAGAGAAUAUGGCUGUACAAACACUAGUAUCUGAAGCGACACAACUCAUCUCUGACUCUCCUUCAUUUUUUCUUUUAAGUGCAAUCUUCUUUUGGCCUGUGUGUGUGCGUGAUUGUGUGUCUGUGCGACUGCACCAGUAAGGUGCAUAUGUUUACACUUGUUACCCUGUCUCUGUAUGUCAUGUAUUUUGUAACGGAUUAAUGAAGGAGACUGUUCAAAAGUGCUCUGUGUACACAAGCAAUGUAAACUAGUCUUUGCAAUAAAUUUCAACACUCCAAAA